GGUCAGAUAAGACAUCACAAAAGAAGAGAGGGUUUAAUAUCAUAGUCAUGGUAUAUAUGAUCAUGGCCUUUGCUGAAGCUUCUCGCUCUCAAACUGCUGCUGCUUAUAACUUCCUUUCCUUCUACUUCUUCAACCUCUUUCCUUGAGCUCCAUGUGGAGCUGAGGAUGUCACAGUGUGAUUGAAUUUGCACAGAAAUGGUUGCCCUGUUCGAUAUCUUAAACCCGAUUUCUGGUAGUAGAGUUCUUGUUGACGAGGACUUGAAUGGCAGCUUACUGAUGAAAUGGAACCAGCAAAUAGCAAUCAUGGGCUGCCAAGAAAUACUGCACCAAUAUUAUUGGAAAUGCCUUCAAGUUCAAGCCAUGGAGGUGGCUGCAGUUACUUUGCAUUUUCCUCAAGAAUUUCUGUCGACUGCAGAAUUCAAGCCAUGCAAUAUUAUUAUGCCACUACUCCUGUUCGGUCAUGAUGAAAGAGAAGGGACGUGGUGGCCGGAGGAGGUAAAUAAGGCCACAGAGUGUGGGCUAAAGAUAGGAGACGUCGAAGUCAAACAAAAGUCAAGGCUCCCCCAAUUCAAUGAGAGUUUUCUCAAGCUAGAGAGCCUAUCUGCACCUUGGCUUGUUUUUCCCUUCACUCGUUGGUACCACAUUUGCCAGGCUCUGGAAGAAUCACGUGUUGAAUUGGAAGAAGGGCAGAUGGUAAGCACUCAUGAUCGGGCAAGUUCAAGCCAGAUGCUUACACCCUCCUCCUCCAAAAAGGUUCACGCUGAUGACGAUGAUCUGUUCUUUUUGUUGAUGAUGAUUGACGGUCAUGAUCAAUGCCACAUGGAUCUUCUGGUAUGGAAACACUAGGAUCUCUCUAACUCUAGGGAGUUUCUAGAUUGUUCUACUGAAGAGUUCCCCUUUAAGCAACUUCAAGUCUUUUCUGUUCAUGUGUAAUAGUGCACUUGAACAGUCUGCCCCUUUUAUUUUUCCUAAACUUCGAUAAAAUAAUGGUGGCAGUCCUGCUUUGUAUUUUUCCAUUUUAUUUGCUUUUGUGAGCAACAAUAAUCUGUUUGAUUUUAUGCUUUAAUUUGUAGAUUUUGUAUUUCCUAUAAUUUCCAAUAUUUAAUUAAGCGAGCUAGAUGGUUUUCCUUCUGAGUUCUGAA